AUGAACAAAGGUCAGGGUGAUGGGAGACGUCAGUCUCCGCGAAAGCAAACCAGAGCAAACCACAAUCCUGCCGAAAUCAAAGACUCUCCUGUGUUCUACGCAAGUACCUUCCCUGCUAUAUGCCGUCAGCAGCCUUCUGCGAGACAUUACAACAUGGUUGGGCAAUUUGGUGGACCGUGUUUCGAUGCGAUAUCCAACCAAUGGACGGCUAGUCUCCAAGUGGAAGCCGAUGGGUCUAUCGAGAUUGAUGACGAGAUAGUCAAGCAACUCCGACACCUUGCACCUGAACGCGAACAAAUCCUUGCCGCAUUGGAUCACGUCGGCCAACUCGCGAAGCAAGUCACCGGACGAAUCUUCAUCACCGUGCUCCGUCCUAGGGAUGACGGUAUGAGCAAGUCGGUAGACGACCUCGUGGAACAUGAAUACGCCAUGAUGUCUGGCUUCUGGCUAGAUAAGACGAAGUUCGUGACAUGUGCACACUUCCUCAACACGAUCCCCUUCACAAAUGUCGACGAAACAGAGAAAUACUUGAAAGUUACGAACCCUGCGCGACCGCGAGCUUUGGUCUCGAACAAGAGACGAGCUUCUGGGGUGACUCAGAGCGGACCCGAAGUGUGGCCAGUGUACUUGGUCAGCUUAUCACGAUCGUCGGACAUCGCAGUGUUUGAAUUGAGUCAAGCCGCAGUCACGAGUGGGAACUACCCACCCGAUUCAGUCCCAUCAAGUGCCUUGUCCUCAUCACUCACCGAACCUACCACAAAUACGUCGGGCAGGUCUUUCAAGGACACUGAUCAGUCAUACCUGCGCCUCUUUGCAGCGUAUUAUCCUGCGAACAACAUACUUGUGGAGCGCACCGACCUUUCUCCCAAACGAAAAGAAUUUGCGAGACAAGCCAACAUUCCGUUUGCCUGGGAUUUAUGGUGUGAAGAGAGAUCGAAUCUCGACCCUGCUGCUGCGAAGAAUCCAGGCGAUUUUUCUAGGACAUUCAACCCCCAUUGUCGAAGCGUAGCUUUUGGCCAGCUUCAAUCAGAUCACCGAGGCAAUCCGGGGCAUGGCAACAGCGAUUUCGCGCAGAUCAGAGAAUGUAAUCUUGUCGGAACGUAUGGAUGUUCUGGGGGCAUGGUGUGUCACUUGUACCGAGAGGCCGGCAGUUGGCGAUCCGUGGUUGUAGGCAUCUUUCAUGGGGAGAGUAGCAAUGAUCCAAGAUACAACGAAAUUGUGGCUUUCAAACAGCAAUUUGUCCAAGCGAUUCAGAAGGGGACAUUUUGAAAGUCACAAGGGUUCUGCGUCAUUUCGUUGGGAUUCUGUUUUGCUUUUGAUUACUCGGUUGGAUGAUUGAGGUACCAUUGGAGGCUGGUGACAGUCAUGGCUCAGCAAAGGUACAAGGACACGGUAAAGAGUGAAUGUUGCAUUCCAGGUCUACCGGUCAGUGCUGGCUUCAAGCGCUGAAUCAUGGCACUCCACCCAAAAACGAAAAGAAAAGAAAAGCCCAAAAACAUGGCCGUGGUACGGGAUGCAGUGUAU